GGACUCGGAGAGGCGUGGUCUCGGGAGGCGGAGUCUGACGCAAGCCGGCCCAGACCACCUGGCUGAAUUCACAGUCGCGCUCGCUCCUUCCGCCCGCCAGAGGUCGCAGGCUGCGAGAGCAGGUUCCUGGUUUGGCAAGCACUCGCCCCUCAGGCCCGUUCAUUCUCGCGAGAGAAAGCGCGAGGCCUGCCGGGAGUGAGCGCGGCUGUACUUAGGUUUGCUCAAAAUGGCAGCGCUGGAGGAAGAAUUCACGUUGUCUUCGGUAGUCCUGAGCGCCGGGCCUGAAGGACUCCUAGGCGUGGAGCAGAGCGACAAAACAGACCAGUUUCUAGUGACAGACAGCGGCAGGACAGUCAUCCUCUAUAAGGUUUCUGAUCAGAAACCCUUGGGGAGCUGGUCAGUGAAACAAGGUCAAAUUAUAACAUGUCCAGCUGUGUGCAACUUUCAAACUGGAGAGUAUGUUGUUGUACACGAUAAUAAGGUUUUAAGAAUAUGGAAUAAUGAAGAUGUAAACCUGGAUAAAGUAUUUAAAGCUACAUUGUCAGCAGAAGUAUAUAGGAUACUUUCAGUGCAAGGGACAGAACCCUUGGUGCUCUUCAAGGAAGGUGCUGUUCGUGGUUUAGAGGCCUUGCUUGCAGACCCCCAGCAGAAAAUUGAAACUGUUAUCUCUGAUGAAGAAGUGAUUAAGUGGACAAAGUUUUUCGUAGUAUUCAGACAUCCUGUUUUAAUUUUUAUUACUGAAAAACAUGGAAAUUACUUUGCUUAUGUGCAAAUGUUUAACUCACGUAUCUUAACCAAAUAUACACUCUUACUUGGACAAGACGAAAACUCUGUUAUAAAGAGUUUUACUGCAUCUGUAGAUCGGAAAUUCAUCUCUUUGAUGUCAUUAAGCUCUGAUGGUUGUAUAUAUGAAACCUUGAUACCAAUACGUCCAGCUGACCCAGGAAAAAAUCAGAGCUUAGUUAAAUCACUGCUGCUCAAGGCUGUUGUAUCUGGUAAUGCUCGAAAUGGAGUUGCACUUACUGCCCUGGAUCAGGAUCACGUCGCAGUCCUAGGAAGUCCACUAGCAGCUUCUAAGGAAUGCCUCUCUGUAUGGAACAUAAAAUUUCAAACACUACAGACUUCAAAAGAGUUACCACAAGGGACCAGUGGUCAACUCUGGUAUUAUGGAGAACAUUUGUUUAUGCUACAUGGAAAAUCUCUAACUGUGAUUCCAUACAAGUGUGAAGUGUCAUCAUUAGCAGGUGCUCUUGGAAAACUCAAGCAUAGUCAAGAUCCAGGAACUCAUGUCGUGUCCCAUUUUGUAAACUGGGAGACACCUCAAGGAUGUGGACUUGGGUUCCAGAACUCAGAGCAGUCAAGAAGAAUUUUAAGGAGACGAAAAAUUGAAGUGAGUUUACAGCCAGAGGUUCCACCAUCCAAACAACUUUUGUCAACCAUAAUGAAAGAUUCAGAAAAACACAUUGAAGUAGAAGUACGGAAAUUUUUGGCUCUGAAGCAGACACCUGACUUUCAUACUGUCAUUGGGGACACAGUAACAGGACUUCUGGAAAGGUGUAAAGCAGAACCAUCAUUUUAUCCCCGGAACUGUCUGAUGCAGCUUAUCCAAACGCAUGUGCUUUCUUACAGUUUGUGCCCCGACUUAAUGGAGAUUGCCUUAAAAAAGAAAGAUGUGCAGUUGUUACAACUCUGUCUACAGCAGUUCCCUGACAUUCCUGAAUCAGUCACCUGUGCUUGCUUAAAAAUUUUCUUGAGCAUUGGUGAUGACAGUCUUCAAGAAACAGAUGUUAAUAUGGAGUCAGUUUUUGACUAUAGUAUAAAUUCUGUACAUGAUGAGAAAAUGGAAGAGCAAACUGAAAUUCUUCAAAAUGGCUUCAAUCCUGAAGAAGAUAAAUGCAAUAACUGUGAUCAAGAGUUAAAUAAAAAGCCCCAGGACGAAACAAAGGAGAGCACUUCAUGCCCUGUGGUACAAAAAAGAGCAGCUCUACUUAAUGCAAUUCUUCAUUCAGCAUAUAGCGAGACAUUUCUUCUGCCUCAUUUGAAAGACAUCCCAGCACAGCAUAUCACGCUGUUUCUUAAGUAUUUGUAUUUCCUGUACCUGAAGUGUAGCGAAAAUGCUACUAUGACUCUUCCUGGAAUACACCCACCUACCUUGAACCAGAUUAUGGAUUGGAUAUGUCUACUUCUGGAUGCAAAUUUUACUGUUGUUGUAAUGAUGCCAGAAGCAAAGAGGCUACUGAUAAAUCUUUACAAGCUUGUAAAAUCUCAGAUAUCUGUUUAUUCCGAGCUCAACAAGAUUGAAGUAAGUUUUCGGGAGCUACAGAAAUUAAAUCAAGAAAAGAAUAAUAGAGGAUUAUAUUCAAUUGAAGUGCUGGAGCUCUUCUGAUAUUAUCAAUUCUCCUUCAUAGACAUUUUAUAAAGCUCUUUUAUGUGAACUCUUGCUUCAUCCAGGCAAGAACGGUGUUUUGUUUGCGACCAUCUCAGUGUCAAGAGAAACGUGUCAGUGAGUACCUGGACCAUCACUUAACUGAUGCUCCGGGGUAGGACUGCAGGUUUCACAUGAACCUGUUCUAGGCUGUGGACAUUGGUGUGGAGAGGUUCUGCAAUUUUUUAAAAAUAUGUAACUGGGUUGAUUUUAAGUAAAAUUAUUUGUGUAUUGAUAAAAGUCUAAUUUCUUAUCAUGUGUUUUGAAUUUUUUGUUUUAAUAAAAAAUGACCAUUGAAGCAGUGA